AGGGAAUCAAUGGCUCUGCACAUCUCCGGCUGCAAGGCACUUCACCCUUUGGAUUCAAAGCAGGAUUGGCUGGAGUUGGGCCUGCAAUUGUUCUUAACCUUGGCCCCCUUCCCAGAGGCAAGCUGCCUGUAAUCCACGAAGCUUUCUUCUGACUCUGCAUGCUUGGUUUAGCCUCACACUCCCCAUCUGUCCUAUCUGCCCCGUCCAGCUCCGUCUUUCCCCGCCACGCCUUCAACACAUCGUCCAGCCUGCCGAAGCGAGCAGCAGCUGACGGCCGACAACUGACACCCUGAACGAGCGGAUGAUGGCUCCCGACGCACAUGCCGGAGCGCAGAUACCGCGAUGGUCACGGCAACAACCGGCGGCCCAGCUCACAGUCCCGGUUCCUGGCGGAGAAGACGGCCGCCCACACGAUGCUGGCGGGGUCGCUGCUUCGUCUUCUUCGGGCACCUCGAAAUCAAGGAAGCGGAAGCUGACUACUGAGUCUUUCACACGGCGGAAGCGCGCCGCAACGGCUUGCCAGUUCUGUCGACUGCGCAAGACCAAGUGCGACGCGGAGCGGCCAGCGUGCGGCUACUGCGUCUAUCACCGCGCCAAGUGCAUCUAUGAUGACUCGCCUGUUGUGGACAACAUGCCCGAGUACAUGGUCCAACUUGGCGAGACCAUUCUCUCCAGCCUUGGCGAGGUCAAGCAGCUGCUUAGCCAGCCGCGAGACGAGCCUUUGCCAUAUCGACAGCCGCAACAACCGGACCAACAGCAGCAACAGCCAUGUUGCCGCGACUCCGUGGCCUACACGCCCCAUGCUGUGGAUAAUGGACGCUCAUCUAGUAUCUCAAGCCCGCUGGCCCAACCCCGACAGCCAGUCUCCAGCAAAUGGAUAUAUGCCUUCACGCGCUGCGAGACCAUGUUGCGCUGGCCCGUCUUCAAAGGGCUAAUCGACGAGAAAGACGCUGAGAUUGAGUCAUUCUUGUUCGAGGUCGGCGGAGACAGCGAGAAUUUUCCAGCACCCGGUGGCUCACCGUCGUCACCUCAUUCACUCCUCGACGUGCCAGCGCCUAUUGCGCGCCCGGCUGGAGUCAUCGACGAGAAUGCCUUUGUCCCACUAUGCCGCAAGUUUCUCGUCCACGUUUACCCACGGAACCCAAUCCUAGACAAAGGCGCCCUUAUCUCAUAUGCCAAAUCCGCGGCGGCUAACGGGCUGCAGUGGAAUGCCUCGUCCUGCCUCGUGCUGCUGGCUUGCGCCCUCGCAAGUUUUACAACUGCUUGGGAGCCACCAAAUAGUUCCUCGCCCAGCACGGACCAAAAUGCAGAUGCCUUAGGGAGACACCCAGUCGCGACGGCGAUAGAGGACGGCCAUGAGGAUAACCUGACAGCCAGGGCCUACUAUGAAGCCGCUAAGAAGCGUAUUGGUACUCUGGGCUCAUCGCUUAUUGACAUUCAAUGCCUCUUCUUCGCUUCUGUCUUUGAGAAGUACGCCUUGCGCCCGCUCGAUGCCUGGUUUUAUGUCCAGAUGGCCUGCAUGCGACUUGAGGCCCUGCUUGUUCGUCGAGGCUACACACAUCUCCACAACGACGGCUCAAUGCCGACACGGACGACAAUGACAACCGAGGUCAUGAACAACCCGACGUACCUACUUGAGCAGCGAGUAUUUUGGACAUGUAUCAAGGCGGAAAGCGAACUUAUGCCCGAGCUCGGCUUCCGCCCCAGUGGCCUGUCCGACCUUGGGUACCCGGACCUCUUUCCCACGCCGCCAACGACCUUUGCGGGAGCGACUCAGCAAGAUGAAGCUGGUAACCGCGACGCGCAGGUCGUCUCCCAAGCCCCAGAGACGCAAAUCGACGAGAACCGCAGCUGGCUGUUCUAUCUGGCCGAGAUCUCGCUGCGGCGCACUAUUGACGACGUACUAUGGCUGUUCUAUCACCGUGGCGAGGACUACUGGAUGAACAACGUGGACUUGCUGACGCGGCAGUAUGUCGAAACUGACAGACAAAUAGAGCUUUGGUAUUCUCACCUACCCCCGUCCAUCCGCUUCGAGCGUCUGGGCCAGGCCGAGAAUGAAUAUGCAUUUUUCUUGCAGCACCGCUUCCUCGACUGGCGGGAGAACAUACUGCGACCGCUGCUAUACAUCUUCUUGCAUCACCCGGGCCAGCUGCCGUGCGAGGUGGUGCAGUGCGGCCGCGAGGCUAUGCAGAUCGCAUCUGAGCUCAUUAUUCUUAGCUCCCAGCAUCAUCGACACGGCAGCAUAUGGUUCGUUGCCUAUCGUACGUUCGCCUGUGCAAUGCUCAUAUUGGCUGUCGUAAUUCGCUACGGAGACGCUGAAGCCCCGGCUGACUGGCAGUGGCUCAUCACCCUUGCUUUGCAAACGCUUCGGCAUUGGGGACUCGAAGCGCGGGACGUUGCACUGAUGCGUACGGUUCUUGAGAGGUUGUACACAGCUGUGCGACAGCGGCACAGCGACAAUGGUGAUAUUGGUAGGCGAUAAUAUAAAGGUGCUGGCCAUGGGGGGCUCGACGUAAGAGCCCUGCCGGCCGACAUCACCGCAAUAACACACGCUACGACUUAACUUAUGUCUU